GGCCGGCGGCAUCCCAACCUCUUCUGCCAUCACACUGCCCCCGUGGCCAUGCUGGGGACGCAGCCAGCCUUGCCCUGCUGUGCAGCCUGCACCCUCCUCGCCAUCCAGCUGCUGUGGGGCAGAGCGCGUUGCCUUGAGAGGAAUGCCCCACUGUGUUGGAGUGGGGUGGGAUGGGGCUGGGCAUCCACUGGGCACAGCACAGCUUUGUUCUGUGCAGAACAGAGCAGGUGGCAGCCAUGGUGAGAUGGGCACUGAAUCACAUCGUGCAUGUUUUCUCCUUGCUGAUGCAAUCACUGUGUAUGGCACUGCUCCUUCUGAGCCCCCUCUGGGCACAGAGAAUCUCACCACGGGCAACGCAUCCAGACACGGCCAAACCGCACACGGAGCUGGCGCCAGGGCUGAGGCUGGAGGUGCUGAGCAGGGAACGAUGGGGAAAGAAGGGGGAACGUGGCCAAAAGUUUGGCCUUGAAUAUCCUGGCCGUGAGUGGUCUGGUUUUAGGAGGCAGCAGGAGCUCUGGGCUUGGAUGUGUGAUAGGACGAACCCCGGCAGGGAGAGAUGGAGUCCAGAGUUCCUCAGGGGCCGAAGGGCUGCGGCUGCCCCACCGUGCCCAGCUCCUCACUGUGCCCAGAGGACGGGGGCAGCAGCCCCACGUCGGCCCCAUUGCUCCCCCCUCUGCCACACACCCUGCGGGGCACAGUCUGAGCUUUUAAACAGUACUACGGAGAUCUCAUGUAAUAUACAUCUGCGGGGCCUUUUUUCUGGGAGGAAAUGUAUGUGACUGAAUGUAUAUAUAUAUACAUCUGCUUCCUUUCCCCUCCUCCCCAAAUAAAUAUUCAUUGGUAACUCAGCUCCGGCCCUGCAGUGCGCACAGGGCUGGGGUUCCCUUGCUGCUGGUUUUGGGCUUUGCCGGGCUCGGCUCGGUGCACCCCUCGCUCCCCCCAACGUCCCUCUGCUGUACCCGCACUGGCGCCGCGUCCCGUUGCGGCAGGGCGCAUCGCCGCUGGACGGGACGCGGGGAGGGACGCGCCGUUGACCUUUGCUCCGCAUCCCGCCCCCAAAUCGGGGUCGGCAUCGGGCUGGGCGGCGCUCGGUCGCCCCCCCCCCCCCAACUCCUCGUGUCCGCAGGACGAGGAAGGCGGAGCGCGGGGCUAUUGGCAGGGCGUGCAGGUGCUGCAUGGCGGCGGGCACCGGGGCCCUCGGGCUCUUCCCCGCCGCCGCGCUGCACGAUUUCCCCUACCCCCCCCAAACCGCGGCCCCCGUCUCGCACGGCUCCCCGGCGGGGGGGGUUCCUCCGGCCGCCGAUUUGGUGCUGGGAGCCGCGGCCGGCUGCAUGGCCUGCGUGCUCACCAACCCGCUGGAGGUGGUCAAGACGCGGCUGCAGCUGCAGGGCGAGCUGCGGGCUCCCGGCACCUAUCCCCGGCCGUACCGCGGCGUGCUGCGGGCGGUGGGAGCCGUGUGCCGAGCCGACGGGCUGCGGGGGCUGCAGAAGGGGCUGGCGGCGGGGCUGCUGUACCAGGGGCUGAUGAACGGCGUCCGCUUCUAUUGCUACUCCUGCGCGCUGGACGCCGGCUGGACCGGGUGGCCCGGGGGCACCGUGGUGGCCGGGGCGGUGGCCGGGGCGGUGGGAGCCUUCGUGGGCAGCCCCGCGUACCUGGUCAAGACCCACCUCCAAGCCCAGACGCUGUCAGCCAUGGCCGUGGGCCACCAGCACAACCACGAGAGCAUCUCGGACGCCUUCGGGAGCAUCUACCGGCAGCACGGCGUGGCAGGGCUGUGGCGUGGGGUGUCGGGCGCGGUGCCACGCGUGGCGGUGGGCUCGGCUGCACAGCUGGCCACCUUCGCCUCUGCCAAGGACUGGGUCUGCCAGCACCAGUGGUUCGGGGAGGGCAGCUGGGCAGCGGUGCUGGCGGGCGGCAUGGUGAGCGGCGUGGCCGUGGCGGUGACGAUGACGCCGUUUGACGUGGUCAGCACGCGGCUCUACAACCAGCCCGUGGAGGCUGACGGCACGGGCAAGCUGUACCGCGGGUUCCUGGACUGCUUUGCGCAAAUCUCCAGCAAGGAGGGGCUGCUGGGGCUCUACAAGGGCAUCGGCGCCGUCUACCUGCGCCUGGGCCCCCACACUGUGCUCAGCCUUUUCUUCUGGGAUGAGCUCAGGAGGAUGGUGCGGCCGCAGCCGCCCCCGGGGCCGUAGGACCCCACGGAUACAAAU